AUGAUUUUUUUUGUGUCUGUUUGGUAUUUUUGGUGCACAGGUUGGGACGAGGUUUGGAAUCAAAAGAUUGACCCUAAGGUGGCCUUCCCACGCAGAGCUCAGCCGAAGCUGGUAACAAGAACAAAGAAGAUCUUUGUUGGAGGAUUGUCUGUCAACACCACCAUCGAAGAUGUGAAACAGUAUUUCGAUCAAUUUGGAAAGGUUGAUGACGCGAUGCUAAUGUUUGACAAAACCACCAACAGACACAGAGGUUUUGGCUUUGUGACCUUUGAGAAUGAAGACGUGGUGGAAAAGGUCUGCGAGAUCCACUUUCACGAGAUCAACAACAAGAUGGUGGAGUGUAAAAAGGCGCAGCCGAAGGAAGUGAUGUCACCGACAGGUACGGCACGAGGCCGCUCCAGGGUGAUGCCCUACGGCAUGGACGCCUUCAUGCUGGGAAUCGGCAUGCUGGGUUACCCAGGGUUCCAGACAGCCACUUACGCCAGUCGUGGCUACACAGGAAUCACACCGGGAUACACAUACCAGUUCCCAGAAUUCCAUUUAGAACGGACGCCCCUUUUGACUUCCUCUCACCCCCAAGAGAUCACAGCCAUUCCACUGACGGCCUACGGACCAAUGGCAGCGGCCGCAGCUGCAGCGAUGGUCAGAGGUUCCACCCACUCACGUACCGCCGGCUUCCUGGGCACCAGCAGCCCUGGGCCAAUGGCAGACCUGUAUGCAGCAGCCAAUCAGGAUUCAGGAGUCAGCAGCUAUAUCAGUGCGGCAAGUCCCGCCCCCAGCACAGGGUUUGGACAUGGACUCGGGGGUCCUUUGAUUGCAACGGCCUUUACCAAUGGCUACCACUGAGGGGUGUCCAAUCAGAGCCCAGCAUGGGAGGAGAAACUCACGCUCUUGUGAACCGUGAGCACUGCUGGCGACAUGACGUGCUUUUGGGACGAACCCCACGGGCGGCUACGGUCCCUCCUGACUCCGCUCUGGAGUUUACACCUUUUCUUUUUCUCUAUUCUCUACUAACAUCACUUUCCGUUUUCCUCAUCCCGUAUUUCCUUCCUGACGUAUCCGACUCAUUUAUUAUAU